AUGAAAUAUCAAGAAAACAAAGAAACCUAUCUAUUGAUAGCAGGUGGAUGGCAAGGUGCCUGGUGUUGGAAGUAUCUUUCAAAGUACCUACGUAACCAAGGACACAGUGUACAUGCAAUUUCACUUCCAGGUAUGGCCGAGUACUUUCCAAAGUGUAAUGAACAAAUAGAUCUCCAAACACAUAUAAAUGCCGCAGUCGAAUAUAUUGACAAUCAUAAACUUUACGAUAUUAAUUUGGUUGGACAUAGUUAUGGUGGUAUGGUCAUCAGUGGAGUCGCUGAUAUCCGUGCCAACUGUGUAAAAUCAUUAGUAUAUCUCGAUGCAUUGGUUCCAGAGAACAACCAGAGCGAAGCCGACUUGUUUUUAGAUGGUGCCUCUACCAGCCAGGGUUGGUACGAACAAGCCAAGAGCGCUGGAACCUCCUACUUGCUUCCACUCUGCUCGAGUCCACAAUUCCUCGGAAUGACCAACAAAAAAAUGAUUCGUUACCUCAAGAAAAAAGCCACUCCACAUCCAAUUGCAACUCUCACCUCUCCAAUAAACUAUGUAAACGGUGGAUACAACUCUGUUUCCAAAAAGAUUUACAUUGAAUGCACCAAAUCCAGUGGUGUCAAAGAACUCAUUAGAUUUAACCAAGAGAGAAUUAAAUCAUCGUCCGGAUGGAUCUAUCAAUCCAUCAAUUCCUCUCAUCAAUGUAUGUUGGAAGAUCCACUAUUAUUAGGUAAAACUCUUACCAAUUUGACAUGUUCAACAGCUGGUCAAAAUUUAAAUUAA